AUGGAUUUCGAGAAACCUAUUCAUCUAGAAGAAUUGGACUCGGAUGAGAUCAGUACUCCUCCCACACCAGAUCUUAACCGAAAAGUCGACAGGCGCAUACUGCCUUUCGUAGCUUUGACUUAUCUACUAUGCUAUCUAGAUCGAUCAAAUAUAGGAAACGCGAAAGUUCUAAACUCAGAUGCAUCGGAUGAUCUGAUGCACUCGAUUGGAAUGACAGACCAGCAAUACCGCGUCGCAUUGAUGCUAUUCCUAGUUGCAUACUCCAUAUUCGAGGCACCAAGUAAUCUCGCCAUGAAGAUCUUUUCACCACCAGUGUGGCUAGGGUUUCUAGUAGCAUCUUUCGGAGCCCUAUGUGCCGGUAUUGGGGGAUCAAAAAAUGUUCAAACACUCAUGGCCCUCCGCUUCUUACUUGGGGCUGCAGAAGCAGGUACUUUUCCUGGUAUGAUUUUUUAUCUUAGUUUCUGGUAUGGGCCCCGAGAGCGCGCAAUCCGAAUUGCAGUUUUCUUGUGCAGUGCGACACUGGCUGGUGCUUUUGGUGGUGCCAUUGCUUACGGUGUUGGACAUAUGAAUCAAGUCGGUGGCUUGAAUGCGUGGCGAUGGCUUUUCAUUCUUGAAGGCUUACCAUGUAUCCUCGUCGCUAUUGCGAUCUUCUUUUUUCUACCCAGUUACCCAGAGAACGCAAAAUGGUUAACAGAUGAAGAAAAGGAGAUUUUACGUUCCUCAUUUGGAGAGAAUAUUCCUCGAGGAGAAGACAAGCUUAGUUGGCAAGACGCCAAAGAAACCCUCCAAGAACCCCGUCUUUGGCUCCAUUACCUAACUUAUCUCUGUAUGGGUAUUGGUGUUUCCUCUCUUUCACUCUUCGCGCCUACGAUCGUCGAGGGCAUCGGGUAUACGGGUCUCACUGCACAACUAUUUACCAUCCCACCCUACGCCUGUGCGUAUGUGGUCACCCUCUGCGCGGCGUAUGCGUCUGAUAGAUAUAUGUGUCGAGGACUUAUUGCGGCUGGAUUCUGCCUUCUGGGAGUGAUUACAUUUUUGAUUCCAGCUUGUGUCUCCACCCCAUCCCUUCAUCUCCGCUAUGCCAUGCUCGUCCUCUGCACAUGCUCGGUCUUUGGGUCCCUUCCGUCUCUCUGCGCAUGGGUUUCUGAUAAUGUUCGCACAACAACCGCCGGUUCCAUCGCCAGUGGAUUGAAUGUUGCAUUCUCUGGCCCAGGGCAGAUUAUCGGGGUGUGGAUUUAUGAAAGUCAACAGGCACCGAGAUACCAGCUUGGUCAUGCGGUUAACGCGGCGAGUCAGUUUGUAGGAAUGGUUUUGGCAUUGGGAUUGUGGUUACAUUAUCGCAGGUUAAAUUCUAGACUUGGACCGGGGGAGACAAGAUGGAUUGCUUGA